AAUAGGAAAUUCCCUAAAAUAAGUCAUUUAAUAUUCCCUCUCUGUUGCAUUUACUGCGCAUGCAACUGCGUCAUUCAUAUUUCCACAAUUCCAAUUAAUCAAGUGAAAUGUUUCGUACGCGUUUUAUUUAAUGUCAACACCUCCUAAGAGCGUAUUGAAAGUGACAGCUGACGAAUAUAACACAUUUUCUCAUUCUCGAUUGUCUUUAUACUUUAACUUUACGAUUGUUAUCGAAUCUAAAGUAACAACAACGGAUAAUCACGUACAUUUUGUUAAUACAAAAAUUAUAUUAGAGCAAUUUGCUCUAUAAGAAUUGAUCAUGGAACAAAUGAUCGCAUUGAGUACACGAAAUCCAUUAUCAUUAUUGGUUAAAUUUGGAAUGAUGGCUUGGAAUAAUAGCUGUGGAAUUGAAAAUUGUUCAGGACAUGGCGAAUGUCAUAAUGGCACUUGCUUAUGCGAAAUUCAAUUUGAUGGACCAGAAUGUCAUGUACCAAAUUUAAGUUAUUACAUAGCAUUUGCCUCUAUUUUCUUCCUAUUGGCAUUCAUAUGUCUUAUUCAACUUGUCAUGUGUAUCGUCGCUGAAUGGCAAAAGAUGAAGGCACCUUCAUUUUUGAGAGCUUGCAGAGUUACUACUCAAAAAGUAUUAUAUUUUGUAGUUUUUCUUGCUUCAGUAAUACGUGGAGCAUACUUUACUUCUCCAACUGCAUUUAAAGAAGGUUGGUCAAGAAGUUUGUCAUCAGCAUAUUAUCCUCUUCUAUUAAGCGGAUCAUCCUUAAUAGUAUGUUUUUGGGCCGAAGUUUUUCACCUAAGAGAUGUUCAAUGGGACAAACCUCAAUUUUUAUCUAAAUCUUUUUUGGCAUUUGUGGUAUUUAAUAUAAUAACAUAUUCAUUAUUAUUAGCCGAGUUUGUCACUGCACAAAUUAAUUCUCAAGAAGAUCAAAACAUUUUCCAGAGCUACUACACCCAUAUUUUUAAUGGAUGCUAUGCGGUACUUUUAUUCAUUGUUGUCAUAUUUUUUUUGAUAUAUGGCGUAGAAGUAUACUUUAAGGUUCGAGGUGGAUUUCUAAACGAAUACCAGGUUGCUUCUAUUGCAACAAAUGUACGUACUCCGGAUGAAUCAAAAUUGCAAAGUGAAGAUCAAGCUACAGCUAAAUUAUUUGAUCCUCAACCAUCUACAUCUGAUAUUCUACGUAUGCAACAACAAGUGAAUACUUCUCAAUUACAUCAAUCUAGAUUUGGUUUACUAUCUCAAGCAUUCAUGUUGUUUAUCGUGGUUGGAUUUUUAUUUAGCGAAACACUCAGUGAAUUUUGGAAAACUAAAGUUCCCUUAUAUAGCAGAAAUUGGCACGAUGUUGUAUUUCGUGUAAUAGAAGUUGGUGUAGCAUUAUGGUUUCCUUGCGUUUUGUGGAAUUGUAUGAGUCCAGAACAAUUAUGGAUCUUGAAUCCAAAACGAAUUUUAAAAAGAUUAGAUCUUGAUCAAACAAAACAUAUGAAAGAAAUUGAGUUACAAGAUAAGUGUGCAGCUCAAGAAUCUGCUCUAACUGAUGGAACAUCGAUCAAUAGUAAAGAUUGUUGGAUAUGCUAUGACAAUGAUAGACAUGAUGUUGGUCCACUAAUACAGCCGUGUCAGUGUAGGGGCGAUGUAAGUGCAGUCCAUCAUGAUUGCCUACGUAGAUGGCUUGUAGAGAGUUCUGUCAAUGCGGAUAGUCUCACUUGCAAGAUAUGUGGUACCAACUAUAAUGUCGAACAUGCUAGCCGUUUGGAUUGGCAAAAUAGUUUAACGACAAAACAUUGCCUUCAAACUAUUGCCAUUGUUACCGCAAUGUGUGCAUCUUCUGCAGCUGCAUGGACGGUUAUACAACUUGUAGAGGGUCCUAUUAUUAGGAUGUUUGCAGCUGGUGCUGCUUUGUUAAUAAUGUAUGUUUGUAUAAGAUUUUUGAGUUUAAAUACAGUGGUGGCUUAUCAACGUGCCAAAAUUUUAUCAUUAAACAUUGCAAAUUCUGAGAGUGGAACGGCGACGCAUGUUGCCACAAUCAGCCAUACUGUAUCUGUAGAUUUAACAAAAGCAGAACCUGCUGUGAUAUAGACAGCAUAGCAUAUCGAACAACAUAGGAUCUGGAAUAAAAAAAGAAGUUAGUGAUUGCAAAAGAUAGCAUAGAAAUUCUAAGGUAAUACUAGUAGAAUUAUUAGAUAUAUGUAAAUAAUAAGUAUAAAACGAUAGUCAAAUGUGGUAUACUUGUAACUAAACUUUUCUUUGGUAAUUAUCAGGAAGCAUUAGAGAACAAUGUUUUUUUUUUUUUUGUUGAAAUUUAUAUAGCAUAUAUAUAUAUAUAUAAAUAUAUUUAAAUACUUUAGUGUAAUCUAAAAAUUGCUAAUUAGUAAAAAGAGAAUAGUAUACUUGUA